GUGUUGUGGAAUGAAUUGGUUGGUGAAAGUUUUGAGGAAAACUAUAAGAGUGUGUUGAAACUCCUACAGGAUGACGAAGUCUUCAUAAUUGGCGUACACGGAAUGGGAGGAGUGGGGAAAACAUGCCUAGUAACUCAUGUCAAGGACGAAAUAAAAAGGGAAGGGGGCACUUUAAAUUUUAAGCAUGUCUUUUGGGUUACUGUAUCCCAAAAAUUUAGCAUUUUUAAAUUGCAAAACGACAUUGCCAAGAGAGUAGGCUUAAAGCUUGAUGAAGAUGAUGAGAUAAUAAGGGCAGAAAUGUUGUCAUCAGCGUUGGAGGAAAGAAAAAAAUGCGUGCUUAUUUUGGAUGAUGUUUGGAAUUAUAUUGAUCUGUACAAGGUGGGAAUUCCUCUGAGAGUGAAUGGAGUUAAAUUGAUUUUGACAAGUCGUUUGAAACAUGUGUAUCAACAGAUGGGUUGCCCUCCGAAUAAUAUAAUAAGCAUGGAACCUCUCUUUGAUGAUGAAGAAGCUUGGGAGUUAUUUUCGCUAAAACUUGGUUACAAUGGAACACCUGCAACGCUUCCUCCUGAUGUAGAAGAGAUUGCAAAAGCUGUUGCAAAGAAAUGUGAAGGUUUACCGCUUGGAAUCAGCGUGAUAGCUAGAAACAUGAAAGAGGUAAAUGACAUUGGUCAAUGGAGACAUGCUUUGAAUAAAUUUCAAAAUUUGGCAACAGGAGAAGAGAUGGAAAAAGAGCUCUUCAAGGUAUUAAAAUUCAGCUAUGAUAAUUUAAUUGACAUAAACAUGCAAAAAUGUUUCUUAAACUGUGCAUUAUACGGGCAAAUUGAGUACACAAGAGAGUUUAUCAUAAAGAUGGUUGACAAGGGACUGAUAAAUGGAAUGAGGAGUUUGGAGGAAAUAUUUGAUGAGGGACUUGCCAUAUUGGUAAAACUCGAAAGCCAUUCUUUGUUAUUGCAUAAAGGAGAUGGCAAUUUAUGUAUGCAUGAUCUGGUGAGGAACAUGGCAUGCCAUAUCAUGGGACACGGGUAUAUGGUGAAAUGUAAUAGAGGAUUGACAAGGAUACCUCGCAUUCAUGAAUGGACAGCUGAUUUGGAGCUAGUUUCCUUAGCAAACAAUAAGAUAGAAGAAAUCCCAGUGGGCACAUCACCUCAGUGUCCAAAGUUGUCCACCUUGAUUUUUAGUCAUAAUCUCUACAGUUGUAUUCCAGAUUGUUUUUUCCACCACAUGAAUGCUCUAACGGAACUUGAUAUAUCUGAUAAUGCCAGUUUAACAUGUUUGCCGAAUUCAUUGUCUAACUUGAGGUCCCUUGUUUGCUUGGUGCUGAGAGGAUGUGAAUCAUUGAAAUAUGUACCUUCUUUGGGAGAGCUACAGAAAUUGUCAAGAUUGGACAUUUCACAUACUUCAAUUGAAAAGGUACCGCGAGGCUUGGAAAUGCUAAUCAACUUGAAAUGGCUGAAUCUAUCAGGGAAUAAAAGAUUGACCUUGGAAACUUGGUCCGUGGUUCAGAGUUUGACCAGUAUGCAAUACCUCGAUCUUCUUUCAGAAAAUGUAAAAGUAGAAGUAGAAGAUGUACAAGGGAUGAGUAUGUUGGAAUGUUUUCGAUGCAACUUUCGUGACUGCAAGAACUUGAAUGAUUAUGUGAAAACAACCCUGGCACCCAACACUUAUGAUCUCCGUUUGGGAAAUUCAUGUAGUUUUGAUUUUGAAUCAGAGUUAGAAGACCGAACUGUAAGUUUUGGAGAUUGCGAAGAAUUUGAGCAUUUACUGCCGAGAGACGUUACGAAACUGAGGAUAGGAGGCAAUCAGCAAUGGACCGGAUGCUUAUGUGAUGCUCUGUCAUUCAAUGGUCCUUCUUCUUUGAGGGAAAUUCGCAUUGAGGAUUGCACAAAACUGGAGAGCCUGUUUUGUUUAUCUGUUUCUUGUUCCUUUUGCACUCAUCUUCAACACCUUGAAUAUUUGCGUCUUCAAUGUUUGGGAAGCUUAGAUGUUAUAUGGAAGGAAAAUGAUGAUGGCGUAACAGCAAUGUCACCUCCUCCGGGAGGCAUAGACAUGUUCUCUCAUCUCAAACAUCUUGAGAUCUGGAGAUGUGACAAGAUGGAGAAGUUGAUGACAUCUGCGUGGCUGCCACAACUCCCAAACCUGGAGUCAAUAAAAGUACAUAGUUGUGAAUCAAUGAAGGAGAUAUUCGCAUGUGAGGUUGAUACAAUUACAGUUACACUCCCCAACUUAACGAAUUUGACUUUGAAAUAUCUACGGCAAUUGAAGACCGUUUGCAGUGGGAUUAUAGCUACAAAAUCUUCUCCAAGAGUGUAUGCCAUAUGCUGUCCCGAUCUAAAAUGUUCUCUAAAGUAUAAGUCAUCUGAUUCUAUUUCAGAUUCUGUUACUCCGCUAGAGUUCCGAGUGUCUCCUCUUUGAUAAUUCCCCAUGUUACUCCUAUUCUGAUUCUAUCUAA